AGUUGACAUAUUUUGAUUUGAGGAGCUGAAGCUGGGGAGCUGAGUAGAAAAAAUAAGUUUACUUGAGCGGUGUUUUUAUUUUAUUUAUUUAGAUAAGAUAUGUUUUUGACAUUAUGCCAAGGACAAAGAAAAGCAAGCAGAAGAAGAGCAGCGACUCGGCGGUGCAGGGAACCAACGACAGCAGUGUGGUGAGCAAGUGUUCGGCUGCAGCUCAGGGCUACUUCAAGGACCCUUUUCUCCAGCACUUUGUGGCCAAGGUGACCAGAAGAGCCCCGCUCAUCAACAGGGGCUACUAUGUGCGCUGGAGAGCUGUGGACCACUGUGUGAGGACGUUCCUUCAGGUCACAGCGAAAUGCCCGAACAGACAGAUCUUGUCUCUGGGUGCAGGUUUUGACUCUCUGUAUUUCCGGCUGCGUGCAGAUGGAGCUCUGAAUGACGCCGUCGUGUUUGAGGUGGAUUUUCCUGACGUCGCGCGGCGUAAAGCUGCUCUGAUAGCGUCUAAUAUAAAUCUGAGAGGAAUGUUAGACUCGUGUCUGCCUUCGCUUACAGGGCCUGUUUACGUGUCCAGCAGUCACCACCUCCUCUUAGGAUUGGACGUUAGAGACGAGUCCCAGCUGGAGGAUGCUCUGGGUGCAGCUGGGCUGGACUGGACCGCCCCCACCCUGAUUCUUUCCGAAGUGGUGCUCACCUACAUGGAAACACAGUGGUCCGAUGCCGUGAUCAGCUGGGCGGCGGAGCGCCUGCCACAGUCUCUGUUUGUGAUGUACGAGCAGAUUCAUCCUCACGAUCCGUUUGGUCGCAUCAUGCAGGAGCAUUUUGUGAAGCUGAGCUCAACGCUGCACGCCCUGCUGCAGUACCCAGACACCUCCACACAGAGACGCAGGUUCCUUGACAAGGGAUGGGACUGCUGUGUGUGUCUGGACAUGAACGACUUCUACUCGCAGCUGGUCCCUGAGGAGGAGCGCCGUCGCGUGGAGAGCCUGGAGCCGUUUGAUGAACACGAGGAGUGGCACGCCAAAUGUUCCCACUACUUCAUCCUCACGGCGUCCCGGGGCUCUUUGAUGCAGCAGGCUCUACUUCCUGUUCCAGUGUCUCCGGCGCCGCCCGUCAGCCCGAGCUGGAGCCCUGCAGCUCUGAACGUACGCACGGUUCCUGUGUGUCUGGAGGGCAUGGGGAUGGCCUCCACCUGGACAGGACCUGAUCAGGUGCUGCUGACUGGAGGCUCCGGUAGAGGAGGCAGGAAGGCCGAGAGCAGAGCGCUGGUCAGAGGUCCGGAGGGCUGGAGGUCCAUCGCAGUGGAGCCAUCAGAACAUCUGGGAGUGCGACUACACCACACGUUGACCCGUCUUCCUGCGGGAGGAGCGGUGAUCCACGGAGGACGCGCCUCGCCGCUCCGCCCAGUCGAAGGCCUUUUCAAGUUGACCUUUGAACCCCGCCUUCUCCCGGCUGCCGCGGAGCCGACGUGCGGAGACGCGCUGAAGGUUUGCGUGGAGCCGAUGAUCUGUACAGGAAGUCCUCCGUCGCCGAGAUGGCGGCACACUUCGGCUGUGGUCCAACACAGAGGCAGGGACUUCCUGUUCGUGUUUGGUGGAAAGAACCGGUCAGAUUCCGUCCUGGGCGAUGCCUUCUUCCUGUGUUUGGACCGGCAGAACUGGACUGAGAUCCCAGUAGACGGCACCGCACCAGCAGCUCGUCACUCCCACUCGGCCUGUUCCUAUCAGGGAGGCGCGCUGGUGUUCGGCGGGCUGAGCCCACGGGGGACGCCCCUGGGGGACACCGCUCUGCUGAGGCAGACUGAAACUGGCUUCCUCUGGGAGACGGUGGACGUGCGGCCCCCUCCUGUUCCCAGGUGCUCCCACUGCGCCCACGUGGUCGGUGACAAGCUGGUCGUGGUGGGAGGGGUGUGGUGGAGCUCGGAGGGGGUGCCAGGUGUCGUUGUGAUCGACCUGAACACCUGCAGCAGCCGGGAGUUCAGCCUGGACACGAGCUCCGUGCCCUGGCCUCUGAUGCUCCACUCCUUCUGCUCCGAGCUCACGGACCCGUCGGAACCAAAGCUGCUCCUGAUCGGAGGAGGGGGGAACUGCUUCUCCUUCGGGACUCAUCUGAACCCUCAGCUGGUCUCGGUGGACCUCAGACCAGUUCUGGACUGA